GUUAUAUGCCGCACAUACAGCUACAUAUAAUAUUUACCUGGUCUUGCGAAUCAAACGCAACUAACGAAACAAAACUUGUCAAAACUGUGCAGCUUCUGCCCUUUUGAAAAGCAUAUCAUUGAAUUAGUGGGUAGAAUAGGCCAACGAGCAUGAAGGAAGAGCCGGAGACGGCGGAGCAGCCCGCUGGAGAGGUUGCGCCAAGCGAGGGAGGCAAAAAGAAGGGCAAGCACCGGCGAGAGAAGCCGUGGGACCACGACGGCAUCGACCACUGGAAGGUGGACGCGUUCAAGCCGGAGGACAACCCCAAUGGCCUGCUGGAGGAGAGCUCCUUUGCCACACUGUUCCCCAAGUACCGAGAGAAGUACCUGCGAGAGGUCUGGCCCGCGGUGACUAAGGCGCUCAAGGACAUGGGCAUUGGUUGCGAGCUGAACCUGGUGGAGGGCAGCAUGACGGUGCGCACCACGCGCAAGACGUGGGACCCGUACGCCAUCAUCAAGGCGCGGGACCUCAUCAAGCUGCUGGCGCGCUCGGUGCCCGCGCCGCAGGCGCUCAAAAUCCUGCAGGACGACAUGCAGUGCGACAUCAUCAAGAUCUCAGGCAUCAUCCGGAACAAAGAGAAAUUUGUGAAGCGGCGGCAGCGCCUGAUCGGCCCCAACGGUUCCACGCUAAAGGCGCUGGAGCUUCUCACCGGCUGCUACAUGCUGGUGCAGGGUAACACGGUGUCGGCGAUGGGCCCCUACAAAGGCCUGAAGCAGCUGCGGCGCAUCGUGGAGGACUGCAUCAAGAACGUGCACCCCAUCUACCACAUCAAGACGCUCAUGAUCAAACGCGAGCUGGCCAAGGAUCCCGCGCUAGCGGAGGAGAACUGGGACAGGUUCCUGCCCAAGUUUAAGAAGAAGAACGUCAAGCGCAAGAAGCCGGAGGCCAAGCCUGCGGACGAGGCCGGCGGCAAGGAGGCGGCCAAGAAGGUGUACACGCCCUUCCCGCCGCCUAUGCCGCCCUCCAAGAUGGACCUGCAGCUGGAGAGCGGCGAGUACUUCCUGUCGGAGGAGCAGAAGCGCGAGCGAGCGCGUGCAGCCAAGGACGCGGCGCAGGAGGCCAAGACGGCGGAGCGCAAGCGGCAGCGCGAGGCGGCGUUUGUGGCGCCCAAGGAGGACGGUCCGUCCACAACAGGGCGCGGCGCAGGAGGCGGCGGCAAGGCCGCGGCAGCCGGCGGCGCGGGUCAAGGGGAGGACGUGCGUGCACUGGCCGAGUCUCUCAAAAAGAAGGCCAAGACCAGCAGCGCGGGCGGGGGCAAGGCGGAGGCAGGCGGCCGGCAGGCCGGGGCGGCGGUGUUCCUGUCGCCCGAGGUGGACAUGGACGGAAUGGGCGGCGGCGGCAAGGCGGCCGGCAAGCGGAAAGGCGAGGGCAAGGGGCGGAGAGAGGGGAAAUGAUUGGCAAUGUGCUCGUGAAGGCUGGGUGUACUGGGAGUGCAAGCGUCGGACGGGGGCAGUGUGAUGCGCUGUCGGGUAGCUAGAGGGGUCACAGGAACACCUGCGCUGUUCUAGUCGUUGAACGGUCGCCGGGCGUGGGCUUGGCUGAAGGACCGGGUGUGUCGUGGUGUAAACGGUAGCCGGGAAGCGCCUGAGGAAGGUGCGCUGUAAGCUGCUGCAGGAUGGCUAGGUAAAACCGGUGGGGGUUCGUCACUGAAGUACACGUGGCGCGCCUUCAUGUUCACCUUGCGGUAAUACCAUGGGUGGGUUCUAAGACCCCUUGAGCUCUGCAUUUGUCUCAUCAUGUCCUCCACAUGCCGAGGACUGGGUGCGGGGUGCCACGCGCUACGUCCCUUCUCGGCGCGUAUGCUGUCUGCUGUGUGCUCGCGCCUGUGGAUACACCUCCAGGCUGUGAAUAUAUCUCCAGACCAGUCCAGACGGAGGCACACAGCGCCACCUUCAAUGGACCAU